GGAAAAGGAGGCGGCUCGGGCUUGCUGGCUGGCGUGGGCGCCAGAAAGCGGAACGGCCUGGGCCAGUCGCGCGGUGGUCACUGUCUCGGGAGCUGGGGAGGAGGCUGCCGAGGCCAGCCUAGCUCCUUCCAGCGCCGCUUCCCGGAGCGGGUGCGGGGGGUCCUCCGGAACGUGUGCUCUAGGUUCUCCCAGGCCAGCGUUCGCAUCCCCGCCUGCCGGGUAGCGGCGCCGCCUCGGGCACCGGUGCAAGCGCGCGGCGCGCAGGCGGGGGGCGCUGUGGCCUCGGCGCCGGGACUGAGCUGCCCAGCCGGACCCGCCUCUUUCCCUUCUCCGCCCGCCUGCCCGCCCCCCACGCGUCGUGUCGCCGGGAAGCCGGGCGGAGACAGAGCGCUCCGCUCGGGAUCCACGGCGCUCGGACCACUGUCCUCCAAUCGCGCGGGGCAGAGCGGCUGGCGCCGCCGGAGCGAGGAGCCACGACCCUCCCCGGCCGCCUUUGUCUACGAGCCGUGCGGCCUGGAACCACCACUCUCAGGGGCCGGGGACGCGCCCGCAGCUGUCGGUGACAGCUCCUCCCUCCCGCAACCCUCCGGGGCGGAGGGGCGGUCGGGCCGGGCCCUGCUCUCCCGCGCCCGCAAGCCCGCUCUCGCGGAUCGAUGCCCCCGCAGCAGGGGGACCCCGCGUUUCCCGACCGCUGCGAGGCCCCUCCAGUGCCGCCGCGUCGGGAGCGCGGGGGACGCGGGGCACGCGGGCCUGGGGAGCCGGGGGGCCGGGGGCGCGCGGGCGGUGCCGAGGGGCGCGGCGUCAAGUGCGUGCUGGUCGGCGACGGCGCGGUGGGCAAGACGAGCCUGGUGGUAAGCUACACCACCAAUGGCUACCCCACCGAGUACAUCCCCACCGCCUUCGACAACUUCUCGGCUGUGGUGUCUGUGGAUGGGCGGCCUGUGAGACUCCAGCUCUGUGACACUGCCGGACAGGAUGAGUUUGACAAGCUGAGGCCUCUCUGCUACACCAACACAGACAUCUUCCUGCUCUGCUUUAGUGUCGUGAGCCCCUCAUCUUUCCAGAAUGUCAGUGAGAAAUGGGUGCCAGAGAUUCGGUGCCACUGUCCCAAAGCCCCCAUCAUCCUAGUUGGAACGCAGUCAGAUCUCAGAGAAGACGUCAAAGUCCUCAUUGAGUUGGACAAAUGCAAAGAAAAGCCAGUGCCUGAAGAGGCAGCUAAGCUGUGCGCCGAGGAAAUCAAAGCCGCCUCCUACAUCGAGUGUUCAGCCUUGACUCAAAAAAACCUCAAAGAGGUCUUUGAUGCAGCCAUCGUCGCUGGCAUUCAAUACUCGGACACUCAGCAACAGCCAAAGAAGUCUAAAAGCAGGACUCCAGAUAAAAUGAAAAACCUCUCCAAGUCCUGGUGGAAGAAGUACUGCUGUUUCGUAUGAUGCUGGCAAGACACCCAGAAAGGCUAUUUUCAGAUGAAAUUGAUAUUAGAAGCUAUAUUAGCUGAAACAACUCCUUUUACUGUGUAGAACCUGUAUAGAGAGUGUGUGUAUAUGUAUUAUAGGAGGAGCUCUCAACUUAUGCAUUCUUUCUUGCCUUUAAUUUUCCUGUUGUUUGAGCUUAGGGAUGAGAUACUUAUGCAAGAUAUUUUUGAAGUAAAUUAAACAUUUUUCACCUCUCUGGAAAUUUAGAGUUCUAGACCUCUGGGUUAAUUGAUAUCUAAUAUGAAGAAGACACCUCAGAUCUGGAUGUCAAGAAUGCAAUUCUGCUACAUUAUAAUGUACAGCAGAACAAAAGGGAGGGCGCUAUGGCUAACCCUCUCUUGAUUAAGGGCUACUUAAUGCAAAGUGCAUUACGUACACGGGUCAACCAUGGUUGGAACAAUUCUUAGCUUUGAAACUCCAUGCAAACCAUACCUUUUUUUUUUUUUAAAGGAGCAAAACUCUGAGAAAAAAUGCAAGACCUCUGCCUACAAAACCUCAAAACAGUCACUUUUGUCGUUUGCUAAUACCCAGUUUCUUAUGAUUUAAAACAACCAACAGGCCGGGCGCAGUGGCUCACGCCUGUAAUCCCAGCAGUUUGGGAGGCCGAGGCGGGUGGAUCACGAGGUCAACAGAUCAAGACCAUCCUGGUCAACAUGGUGAAACCCGGUCUCUACUAAAAAUACAAAAAAUUAGCUGGGCAUGGUGGCUCAUGCCUGUAAUCCCAGCUACUCAGGAGGCUGAGGCAGGAGAACUGCCUGAACCCAGGAGGCGGAGGUUGCGGUGAGCCGAGAUCGCGCCAUUGCACUCCAGCCUGGGUAACAAGAGUGAAAUUCUGUCUCAAAAAAAAAAAAAAAAAAAAAAAAAACCACCUUCAAAAAACAUCCCACGACUAUAUUGCACUGUGUUGACAAAAAAGGAAACUUGCUUAUGGGGAGUUUUCUUUCUUAGACCAGUUGUGUUGACAGUGUGUUAACACAGAGUGCCGUGCAGAGGAAAGGAAGCGUUAGUCAGUAUUUUUCAUGUUUUAGGGAGUGAUUCCUGUGGAGACGAGAAUGUGACAUUUGCUUUUGGUACUGUAACACAGGCACCAAGCUGCCUCAAUCCUACGUAGCGAGGGCACCGGGGAGCACCCAUCUGGAUUGUUUUAAAACUUCCCUAUUCAAGCUGUUGCUUCGGCAGGGAGGUGAAUACUUUUGAAAGGCCAACAGCAAAUGUUUGUGGGACAGGAAACAGAUCAUUUUUUCUUAAGUCAGCCAAGAUGUACUUCUCUGUGUACACAGCCACGCGCACACAUGCACAGACACAUAGGUCUGUGUGGCUGUAUUUGUUGUUGAUAACAGUAGCCUGAUGGAGGUCAGACUCUUACGCAGUUAAUGGGGAAAAGCAUGGCCACAAAAACACAUGCGAGGGAAGCUUGGCUUCCUCUUGUUGUUGACACUUUUGUGAACCAGCAUCUUUUUUAUUCAGAGUAUGCUUUUAGGUCUAUCUUAAAAUAUAUAUUUUUGAGGACAUCUUAAAACUAAACAAAAAAUGAAAUGAACAUAUCUUGAAACCUGUUAAAACAACCAGUGAAAGCCACAGAUGGCUUUGGGGCAGUACUAGCAGAUGCCCGUGGACUCUGAGGACUCCAGAGGGGCGGUGCGUGUGGUCAGCCAGGUGCAUGCCGGGACCAUGGCCCCCAUGCUUGGCCGAUUCCUGUGACGGUGAAAUACAUCCUUCAAGGUGGCAGCUUUUACAGCUGAAUCUUCUGGAGAAAGAAGUGCCACCUCAGGAGAGUAGCUUUUACUCUGGUAAGAAUGCCUCUGACAUGCCACAGGGCAGCCUGAACACACUGAGUUGCGGUGGGUGAGACAGAGCCACUGAAGUCACUUCCACAACUAAUGAGGGAAAUCUCUAUAAAGCCAGUUAGGUAGAAGAGUUUUAUUUUUCUGUGGGUUUUGUGUUGUCUUUUUGAUAUAAAAAGAGAUCCAGUUUGUGUUUUUCAAUAGAAAAAAAGAUCAGGUUAUACUGUAGGUUAGGGUUCCAUGUAUUCCUCUUAGUAAAUAAAAUUAACAAAUUUCUUUAAUAAAAGAUUAAUCUUUAAACAACUAAAAUACAUAGACUGUCACCUUUUGAUUAUUCAACACAUUGGAAUUGAUGUCAGUUGUAGUUUCCUGAAGCAUUUAGUUACAACCUGAAGGAGGAAAAUUAUUUGUGGAAAUGUUUAAAAUGGACCUAAUUGACUAUAGUCUCAUCUUGCCCUGCCUGGCCUCGGCUGGGCUCUGCCUGUCUGCUUGGUGUCCAGUGUGGGAGGGAAGAUGAGUUAUUUAAUGGUAAGUGAUUUGAAACAUUAUUUUUAUAUUAAAGUAAAUGGCAUGGAGUACAAUGCAAAUUCAGUUUUAAGAUAGAACACAAAACUUGAAAGAAGUUUUAUGCAUGCAACAGUGUAUGGGGCUGCAGCUGGUCACCCUGAAGGGGCCUUCCACACCUCCUGUCUAUAGGCCUCAGGUGGAAGGUGCUUAGUGAAGAAUACCUGUGUGGCCCAGUUCUGAAAGCUUUAUGCAAACAGUUGAAUUUUAGCUGGCAUUGAUAACAGCUUGGACUAUUACUGUUAAAAAUCUAGUGGGUUGACCUUUAAGUUUUUAAUAUAUGUUGCUACAUUUUAUAGAAUAGUAAAGGUACGAUUGUACUUGAGAUUUUCCUCCAUUUUUAUUUCUUUUGUGAGCCUAGGGUUUGGGGCCGAAAAUGUUUUCAAAGUAUGUGUUUGAGUUAAAUAUAAAAUUUGUUCACGUCAAAGCUCAAAAAUUGUUAAACUUGCAGCUUGGUAUUGCAGAGAAGAGUUUCUAAGAAUUUUGCUUUAGAGAAUGCCACCUUGGCUGAACUACAAGUGUAGGCCACCAUUAUCAUUUCAACACACAGCACACUUCAGAACUGUUUGCUAUCUCUUGUUACCACAUAUGUAUAAAUGGACCUCUUAUAACCUUGUUCUCUGCUUGGCAAACUCUAGAGAAACUACCCAGGUGUGACAAGCCAAAGCGGGAGCAAGGCCUCCUCUCCUGACUAUCGUAACCUGGUGCCUUACCAAGUUGUGCUUUUCUGUUUUCAAGUGUAAAUGAUGUUGGGCAGAAUGUUGUACUUGAAAAUGCUAUAAAUGAGAUGGUAUGAAAUAAAUUCUGACCUAUGGA